AUGCAAUACUCUACUCUCGCCGUCGUCCUUUCCACCGCUCUUGUUGCUUUCGCUUAUGACUACGGGAACUCUGCUGCCACCCCAACCGUCGCCGCCGUCGCCGCCGCAGCAGCAGCAACCUCAUCUGCAUCACCCGUCCACUCCGUAACCGUCGGAAAAAGUGGUCUCGUCUUCGACCCAAGCACCAUAACAGCCCAAGUCGGUGACAAAAUCGAGUUCCACUUCUUCCCAUCCCGCCACUCCGUCGCGCAGUCCUCGUUCGCCAAGCCGUGCGAACCGCUCAACGCCACAAGCUUCUUCAGCGGCGGCGUGACCACCGCGGCGGGCGAGAACGCGAACACCUUCACCAUCACGGUCAACGAUACGAAGCCCAUCUGGUUCUACUGUGCGGCCCCGGGACACUGCGCGAGGGGUAUGGCUGGUGUGAUUAAUGCUCCCACCGACUCAUCCAAGACCCUCGAGAUGUACAUCGCCGCCGCCGCCGACGUUUCGGCAGCGGUGGCCCCCACCCGCAUCCAAGGCGGAAUCAUCAGUCCCGCUCAGGCAGUUCUGUCUUCUGGGACGCCGAGCAGCAGCAGUAGUAGUAGUAGUAGUGCGCCAUCGACUUCGAUGGGGGAGGCUCGAGAGGAGAUUCGCUGGUCGCUGUUUGCUCUUAUGUGGCUGGGGGCUGUGGGGUUUGGAUGCCUGAUUGGGUAG